GGGGCGCUCGGGGCGGCGUCUCGGGCUCAGUGUGGGCGGCGGCAGCGGCCGGGGAUGCGGCGGCGGCAGCGGCUCUUCUUGAUGGCGUCGCCGCAGCUGCCGGGCGCGGCCGGACGGAGGUAGCCGGAGCCGCGCCGAGGCGGCCCGGCCGGUCGGGCGGGCGAGCGAGCCAGCGAUGGAGGAUCAGGCGGCGCAGGAGGAAGGCGAGGCCGAGAUCCAGGAGCUGCACGGGCCCGAGCACUGGUUCAGCCAGUGGGAGCGGCAGUGCCUGGCCGAGGCCGAGCAGGACGACGGCGGCGGCCUAGGCGGCGGCGGCGGCGGCCCUCUGCCGCCCGAACUACAGGACGACGACGAGGCGGCCGCUGCCGCCACCCCGCAGCCGGAGCCCAAGCAGCAGAAGCUCUGGCACCUCUUCCAGAACUCGGCCACCGCCGUGGCGCAGCUCUACAAGGACCGCGUGUGCCAGCAGCCCGGCCUCUCCCUCUGGGUGCCCUUCCAGAACGCGGCCACCGCCGUCACCAACCUCUACAAAGAAAGUGUGGAUGCCCAUCAGCGGAGUUUUGACGUAGGAAUCCAUAUUGGCUACCAGCGUCGUAAUAAGGAUGUCUUGGCUUGGGUUAAAAAGCGCAGAAGAACUAUUCGCAGAGAAGACUUAAUCAGCUUCCUGUGUGGAAAAGCUCCUCCUCCACGAAACUCUAGAGCUCCCCCAAGACUGACUGUAGUAUCCCCUAACCGAGCGACAUCCACGGAAACUAGUUCUUCUGUCGAGACGGACUUGCAGCCCUUCCGGGAAGCCAUAGCUCUUCAUGGUCUCAGUGGCGCAAUGGCCAGCAUCAGCGUCCGCUCGAGCACCCCGGGCUCCCCCACCCACGUGAGCAGUGGCUCCAACGGGAGUCGAAGGAGAAACGGACUCCAUGAUGUUGACUUGAACACUUUCAUAUCUGAAGAAAUGGCACUCCACUUGGACAAUGGUGGAACUAGAAAGCGUACCUCAGCCCAGUGCGGUGAUGGCAUUACGGACUCCCCGACCCAUAAACGCAACCGUAUGAUCUAAAUGGCAACAAUUGUUUUCACCCUCCCCUUCCCCCACCUGCCCCCCUCCCCUUUGCUCAAAAAAGCCCACUGGUGCUCAUCUGCCCACUGGGAAAACAAACUUGAGGCUCUCUCUUCGCGAGUCACACAAAAUAUUUGCCAUAAACGAAAAGAAUACAUCCGGAGGCUAGACUCCCCUCGAACCUCCUCUAUGGCUUUCCUCAGAGUAGAUUCUUUAGCAAGAGGAUUUCCAACGUUGUGUAGUAGCUAGCAAGCUCAUCGCAGGUUAGAUCACACAUCCAUUCCAAGGCUAAAAGUGACCUUACGUGUACUCUUAAAAGGGAAGAAAGGAAAUAUCAGACAUUUUAUUUGGUUAUAGAUUGCUUUCUGUCCUUUAUUUCUUGCCGUGUUUCAAUAUUUGCUUCAACAAUAUUGCCACUUUUAGACAACAGUGUCAACACCAUGACUUGGCAAGUAAGACCCACAUGCUUCCUUUAGAGAGAAAAUAUAUAUAUAUAUAUAUAUAUAUAUAUAUAUAUAUAUAUAUUCAUAAAUAUAUUAAUAUUUUCCUUUUAAAGCCUACUAGACACAUAAUUUUCUAUUUAAAUAAGUGCGCACAUUAUAAGCUUUGGCUUGUGUCCAUUUUUUUAAAAAAAAAUUUACAGAGCAAUUGAGAACCGGGAGGUGAUGUAAACAGGUUCCCUGGUGGUGAUGCGGCAGAGACUUAAGUCAUUACAAGAAGGCUGUUUGUUGAGGUUGUGUGUGUGAGCUCUAAAGCAGUUGCCCCCAGGCCCUCCUCUUCCAUCUGCCCCAGGAAUGUCCACCUGGAAGGUUUUGAAUGGAUUGCUUAAGUCCGCCAGCAGAGUACUUUGAGCGUCAGAGGGAUGUGUUUUGUCACUGGGAGGACAUGUGGUUUUGGGUAAUACAGGUACGUAUCAUAUCCUUUCCUCAGUGUGUGGGGAGAAAACUGGGUGGGUAGGAAAUGUAUUUAUUUUUUUAAAAGGGGGUUUGGCCUUUGUGUCUUCCCAUCAUGCUGCGGGGGUGAGGUUUGAGCUGCUUUUAAAAAGCAGGAACACCCGUGUCUCGGGCACAAUCAUUUUCUUUGACAUUUGGGCGAGAUAGAAGAACCUCUAGACCCCAUUUUGGGUGGCUUUAGUGCCCAGGACUGCAGAGCUAAGCCGGCCCCCAGUGUUGGGGUUUUGCUGGCCAAGCCUUCUGACGCCAGCAGAGGGUAAUGUUGGUAUAGCAAAAGGGAACCACCAUUUUCGAGUCAGGUAUGUGAGACACCCACCCCCUGAGCUACCUUGAGAAAGGUAAAAGGGAGAGGGCCAGGACAUAAGGGCUGAACUGCUCCACCUGGGUCGAAAUUCCCCUCCCCUCCCAUCUUGGCACACAGACCCUCCUUUCUGUGUCCUCCAGAGAUCUGUUGCAUUUUUAUCAAAGGAAAGGAUUGUAAUAACUCUUGCCCGACAACACUGGGAGUUUGAAAAUGGUAGGUUAGUCUUCUCUGUUCUGGUGCCCCCCAGCUGUGUUUGGCUACAGCCCCUUCGUCCCUUGCCUUCUGGCUGAGGAUGAUGGGAGCUCUAGUCUGCCUUGACUGCAGAAGGGCAGUUUGCAGUGUUUCAAAAACAGCCUUGGAACCAGAUUCCCCUUGAACGUUGCUUGACUGGGCAGCUCAAUACACCGUAGGGUUCUUAGAUUAGAAGCCUCUCCAUGCCCCUUCAGUCAGAUGUUUUCCCCUGGAUCUCUCGUCUCUUCCCGAGGCUUCCUAUUUCUCUUAAUUUGGGAAUGGUGGUGUCAGAUCCACGGAGACCUGUCUAAGCAGCAAAAGUCCUUGCAAUUGGGUGUGUGUCUGUGUGUGUGUGGGGGGGGGGGGCUGAUUCAGGAGGGAUUCAGGCAACAUUAAGGGGAUCUGCUGAAUUGCACACCCUUGUUUUUGCCUUUGGGAAAAAAAAGCAGUGUGAAGCACAGGGUACCCCAAUUUAAAAGGCCAUGGAGGUUCUCUGGGAGAAGCAGAAGUAUUCUCAUUUACUUCGUGGAGUUUUAAAAAAAACACCACACUGCUAAUUGCAUCUUUAAAACAGUUUAAAAAUGACCUGUCAUGAAACUAUGAGAAUUUAAAAUUAAUUUCCAGCCUCAAGUCUCAGGUUGCGUUAUCUUUUAGAUGUUCUUUUGAAAGAUUGCCAGUGUUGGAAGUGCAGCUCAUGGAUGACUUUUUGACUUAAUGAGAGAAUCCAGACUGCAGGGUGUCGGUGUGACGUGGUUCUUAUCUGGUUUAAACAAGCAUUUCUCUCUGGAGAAUUAAAAGCACUUAAAUGUUUUGCGGGUGCAGGAUUAAGAAAGACUGGUUGCAAAAUGUUUAAAAAAAAAUAUUCUGCCAAAAAAUAUAACUUCGAAUGAAAUUGUAACUGAAAAUCUCGACUCUAAGUGAGCAGAGCCAUCUAAUAAAUACUCUCAGAAAGAAAAAAAAUUGGCCUGGAAUGGAGAAAUAGGAAAUGAGGACUUGGGCCACUGAUGAACGCACAGACUCCUUGAUUUAAAUCAUCGGUGCCCUGAAUGAGUAUGGAGCUUUGCUUGAGGGUCUUUGGUCUGGGGGUUUCUCCAAAGUCGUUACGAGCCCAGCCCAAAAUGCUAGACAGAGGAGAUCAAGAUUGCUUCCCAGUUAGAGACCGAACGAUGGAGCCUGUAGCUCUCCCGUCUGUGGAAUUUAUUCCCUCCCCUCCCUUCCUCUUAUACCAAUUAGACUAGAGUAACUCUUCUGUGCUUCGAAGCUUUGCUUUCAGUCUAGCUCCUCUGAACAAAAUCAUUUGAGCAUUUAAAAAAAACAACUUUUUUUGGGGUGCCAUCUUUUUGUUUUGGCAAAGAAAAAAAAAACCAGGCUUGGAUAAGCCAGCUGCCCUUUAUAGUCUGUGUGCUUGUAAAGCUUCAACUUUUUACUUUACUGCUUUUUUUUUUUAAUAAAAAAACAAACAAACUCUUAUUUGCUGUCAAAAACGUUCAUUCUCCUGCCAAAAUAAUCAUAAUCUCGAUUGCAUGAGGGCCCUCAUUAGAGAAGUGGCUUGUGUCACAAGCAGAUUUCUUUAAAGCUCGGCCAUGGAAUAGCCCCAGAGGUUGCUCCUUGAUAGGUGACUUUUGGAAGACUAUUACUCUUUGAACCCAGACCUGUCUAGUACUUAAGGUGGAGUAGAGAAAUAGUCUGUCGCCGUUCAGCUCUUUUUUAAUUAUUAUUAUCUGACAUGAUUGGAUGCCCUUCUGGUGAUACUCGUCUCAUUCUGUUUUUCCUUGUAAACCAAACUUAACAUGAAUGUGGGGCAGAUUUUACAUAUAGUGUAUCCUGCAUUGAAGCUGAGCUUGGCUUGCAUAUUACUAAAAUUCAAUUUUAAAUAUUAAAACACUUGAGCUAUAGUGAAGUAAUGCAAAGCUGAUUCUUCCCCCCCCCCCUUCCCCUCCUUUGUUUGAAAUGGAAUUCCUGCAAAUCUUCAAAUGUGACUUUGCUCUGCUGGAGAAAUAGAUACCUUUUUAAAACCGUAAUAAAAUUAAAUAAAAUAAAUCGACACCG